AUGUGCAAUCCAAACAGCUAUGAUAGUUUACGAACAAUCCUCACCACCCUUCAGGAAACGACAGCACUGGGGACAAUGCUCGAGACCGUUCUGGGGACCGACCACGACGCCUACCAGUCUUCCACUGUUAAUGAAGAUUCAUUACAGUGUGAAAUUCUGGGAUGGCGUCGUUGGCUUAGACGUGUUGGACACUUCCAGCGACCAAUGGAGAUCCAACCUCACAGCGGGCUCCAUCCUGGGGACUUGUUGGAUCUCCAUUUGCCUAAUGCAGAGGUGACAGAGGCCCACAAAUCUCUGAAAUCCAAGACGAAGCCAGAGAUGGAAGCGUUUUUGGCCCAACUCAAAGCUAUGGUGGAUAACGAUGACAGUGCUUCCAUCAUUUCCAGCAGACGAACCGGUGGUGGAGUUGUUUCCCCCUCCCACGGACAACUAGAGGGCGCUUGCGACUUCCUUGGCGCCAACAUUGAAAACGUGGUCAAGCAGCUGCAGAAGGUGAAGUGUGUCAUGACCCUAACGAUGCUGCAGUCACGACGUAACCGACGAUGUGCAGUGUUGAUGACGACCUGUGGUACACUCUUGUUGAUCAGCUGGUGUCUAUACAACAGUUCCAGCAGUACUGGUAUGGUGCCAACAUCCAUCUCAGUCGUGUCGUCAAAAACUGAAUCAGAAGGGAAAGAAAAUGAUCGAGAUAUAUCAAUUCAGGCACAUUUCACACAUCCAAGGAAAAGACUGCACCUGCCACUUUCAAGUGACACUGGCGUUGCUGAUCCGCUUUAUUCCGAAGUACACAUCACUGGAAUGGAUCAGUUUCAAGUCGGAGACGUCAUAAAUGUCUCCAUCAUGUUGAAGGACGAAGAGGGCAAAAGAGUUGAUACAGGAGGAGAUGACGUACGGAUAUGGAUGAAAUCUAUUGAUGGCAGAUACAGAACUUCCGGCCACGUCGUUGAUCACGGAAACGGAAGCUACACAGGAAUUAUAAGAGCAUUCUGGGAGGGACAUCCUGUCAUUCUGGUAUCUAUUGCUUGGACAAGACAACUUCUAAAUAUCAAAGACAGACUUCGUUCAGCAAAUGCUCCAUACACAUUCAUAUAUGCUUUGUUCGGAAAGGGGCCUUUAAGGGAGGUAACUCGAUGCAACAUAACCAAGACAACAGAGAAAAUGUGUAACUAUACUGAAAGAAAUGGCGGACAUCCAUGGUUUUGCGAAAGACCCCAAACAAAACUUCUUUCAUGUUCGACGUUGAAAAGCCACCAAUCAGUUGUAGCGGGUGAUUAUCACACACCUGCCGAAAAACUCUUCAUAAAAAGACAUCCUCCUCAUCAGAUUUUACGGAGAAUUACCACGUCCAUAACUCGAGGUACCUUUCGCCCUUUGUCACGGACCAGCUGUUCUGAACUACCAGCAAGUCACACCUGGAAGGACGACUUUUCUUCAGGGUACAGCUCACGUGACAACAAAACGACAUCCUGGUACUCUCAACACUGCCGGUACUCAAUACAACAUACAGUACUGGACUAUAAGCGAUGCCUAACAAACAAGCGCCUGUGGCUGUAUGGAGAUUCUACAACCAGGCAAUGGUUUGAAUACAUUUCACGUUUCCUUGGGAAGGAGAUGGUUCUUUACGAAAAAUACAAGCCACAAGUAGCUUAUCUAAGCGACACAAACAGCUCAAUUUUCUGUGGACCCCAUGAAUUUCCUUUCAACACAGGGAAUGGCUGGACUAACGCAAUGUUUAACAAACCCUUGAAACAGUACCUUGAUAAGAUUCCAAGCUAUUCCAGAGAUAUUGUAGUGUUUCAUGUAUUAGCUCAUCUGGUCAAUUUUGGACCUGAUGUUUUUAGAGGUCAUAUUCGGAGGAACGUGAAAAGCAUCAGAGAAUUUAUUUUGAGGGUCCCAAAAGCAAUCGUGGUAGUCAAAGGAACGAGCACCUUCAGACGUUUUGAAAGGGAUAAAUUUGGAGACAUGAAUGCUAUGUCGUAUGAUCCAAUCUUGAAAGAAGAAUUUUCUUUGAUCAAGGACCGAGUUAUCUUUCUUGAUUUUAUUCCGAUGACUUUGGCAUUUGAAGUUCCGGGUUUACAUCCAAAUGCAGAGGUGGUGAAACUCAUGGUCCAUCACUUCAUGGGGAGUGUGUGUGGAAGAAACUAGUUUCUUGUGUGACAAAGAUCUUGGUAUUAUUAAAUAAAGACAACGGGUUUGUGUUAUAUAUUUGGUCAAGGUAGAAUGUAUACGUAUGGGUCAAUGAGUGAAAAUGUAACGGUGCAAGGGCAUUAUGUCAGGGAUGCAUCUGGGAGGCUGUAUUAUAUGCUAUAGCUGUUAGUGAAAUCUCUACCCCAAAUCGAAGAUAAACCAGUGUGCAAAAUGUUACGCAAAUCAAGUUGAAUUGUCUUUGUUGAGAGAAAUACAUGUAAUAAGAAAAGAAAUCUUUAGAUAUAGCAACACUUCAGUAAUUACCAAGUCAUUCAUGUUUUUGGACCUAUAUCUUUUCAGGCUAAUCAUCGUAAAAUCCCGAGGUGUUUAUGGUCAAACGCCCCGUUUGCUUUCUUGGAAUUCGUAAGUUAACGCGGCCACGUGACUGACAAUUAUUAACAAAUAAUGAGGAACGGGAAAAACCGAAAGAUCUUUUGUGAUAACGAAUCGUUAUAUUUCCAUACAAACUCAACCAUUUUUAUCGAUCGACGAACUGUAGGGCCAAGGCGACCUGUUUUGCUAAGUUACAGCCCCGGUAAAAGUUCAGAUCUUUUUAGACUGUGGAAAGAUGGAUCAAAGUAAUAACAUAUUUGUUCAAACCUGGAAAUAGAUCUAAUGGUAGUGUAACAACAUAUGUUUCAGUCUCUGCCAAGAAUGUUAGAAGUAACGAAACCGUCAUGUUGAAGUUGCUAAUGGUCCCACUGACACCCCUUCUGUUCAUGAUGAAAUGACAAGCCACGUUGUAGACACCCAAGAAAAUACAGUAAAGGAUGAACCUGCCUCAAAGAAACAUCGUGUUGUUUCACCCAGAGAAAGUGUAAUGAUUUAUUGUUGCAGCGUUAUAGGUCAUAGAUAGACAAUUGUUUUGAAGCUUCUUGCAAUGUAUUUGGUUCCAUAACGAGGACGUCAUUCAUGGGUAGGGGGGUGUGUGUGGCAGUGUUAUAGUUUUGUGCUGCAGGACAAUAUUUUUGUUGUCGUAGGUCCUGCUAGUGUAGUUUCAGAUAUACCUGUUUAUGUACAAAGAACACACCUUUAGAUGUCGAGAUAUGAGCAAACUGAGAAGUGGUCGCCCAAUGUUACAGUACAGGUGAAGCAUGCUCCAGCAAAGAUUAUCAAUGAAGGCACAGAUACUAACCUUACAAUAGUCAAAAAUUGAAAUUGUUUAAUGCGAUUUGUAUAUAUACGUCUGAAAGUCAGUAUAGAUGUAUUAUAUACUUCCAUGGUAUAUAUGCGUGUAAAUUUAAAAAAUGUGAUUUGUAUUUAUUUUAUUUGUUCUGGAAUCUAUGUUGUAAUAAUCAUGUUAUGUGCAGCAUGUACUUGAAGCAGGGGCAGAUAACUGGGGUGUACCAUGUGUCUCAAUCUUGGUGUAUUUGAUUUAUGACAUGCUACCUCAGCAAGUGUACAUUGAUGCCAACUUGUUCAGGGUUUCAUGUUGAAGGAGGACAUUAUACCCUGGUGGAUUCGUUCCGCAAUAAUCAAUGUGCAAUUAUACAUAAAAUAAUAAAUGCCACCUCACACCCUGUAGCCUCGUGCUUUUCAUUGCUGAUGAACCUCAAAUCCCACGGUAUAGGUACCACAGCUGAUCCAAUGGCAUAGGUACCACAGCUAAUCCCAUGGUACAGGUACCACAGCUGAUCACAUAGCAUAGGUACCACAGCUAUUCCCAUGGUAUAGGAACCACAGCUAUUCCCAUGGUAUAGGUACCGCAGCUAAUCCCAUGGCAUAGGUACCACAGCUGAUCCCAUGGUAUAGGUACCACAGCUAAUCCCAUGGCAUAGGUACCACAGCUGAUCCCAUGGUAUAGGAACCACAGCUAUUCCCAUGGUAUAGGUACCACAGCUAAUCCCAUGGCAUAGGUACCACAGCUGAUCUCAUGGUAUAGGUACCACAGCUAAUCCCAUGGCAUAGGUACCACAGCUGAUCUCAUGGUAUAGGUACCACAGCUGAUCCCAUGGCAUAGGUACCACAGUUGAUCCCAUGGUAUAGGUACCACAGCUGAUCCCAUGGUAUAGGAACCACAGCUGAACUCGAUUUGGUUGAACACUGCUUUUAGGAGUAUUUCAGUGAUUUCAAGGCUUGUCAAAAUCAAAAGUGAUUCUGGUCACGAAUGUUGACCAAUUUGGUAAAACCCACAAUUAAGGGAGUGGUGCAGACAAACACAUAUACAGAGUCAGAGCGAAUAUUUUGGCCAUCGGACGCAAAACUCACAGCAUGUUGUGUACCUGAGUAUCGUUGGUCUUAAUCAAAUGGUUUUUUAGUGGCUCUCAGAUAAAGGUUACUACUUAUUACAAUUAUUUGUUGUUUGUGUUUCUCAAAUAGAUUGUCAUGGACAAAGUGUGUUGAUACGUUAGCUAUCAAAGGUAAUAAGGCUCUAUUUUUCAUCACAAAGUUACUUUUUAAGUUCCCAGGAUUGCCAGCUAAUAUUUCAUUUAAAUUGUCUGACAUUAAAAUUAAACCUGUAUGGUGCCGAUUUGGGGGGAUAUCAGAUAUAUUUAGUGCUAGAAUAAUUUUAUACUAAUUUCUAGCUAGGGUUUAGCAAAUAUAAUUCUAGUAAUGCUGUUUUGGCGUGGUAGACAUCAAUUGUAUGUAGAUUAUCAUGUUAAAUGUGUGAACUAUUGGUGCAAACGUUUGAGGAUGGAGUGUAGUAGGUAUCCCAGGCAGAAUUAUCUUUUAAUGAAACGACUUGAGGAAUCUGGCAGGACAACAUGGGCAAGUUGGGUAAGGCAAUUACAUUUCAAUUUCGGAUUUGAUGAUGUUGGCUGUUUCAGGAUAUUGGAAAUGUGGAUAUGUUUUUAAUGCUUUUUAUCAACGCCUACGUGAAUGUAAUAUACAUGUUUAUUUUAAUAACAUAAGUACAUCUGAUAGGUUAAAAUAUUAUCUCCAGUUAAAAUCGUGUUUUGAUGCAGAAUAUUAUAUCAUGAAUAUUAGAUAUUGGGAGUUUAGGAGAUAUUUAUGUUUGUUUAGAUUAGACGAGUUACCUAUUCAAACAACUAUUGGUCGUAGGUAGGGUAUAGAUGAAUGUUUGUGCUUCUGUAAGAAUUGUAAUGAUAAUGUAGUUGAAAAUGCUAUACACUGUUUGUUUGUCUGCCCAAUGUAUAAUUUGAUAACAGAGUAAAUAUAUACCAUCUAGAUUUUCUGAUAACCCUACUUCUUAUUAUUAUAAGUUACUAGUACGCAGUAAAGAUCAUGAAAUUAUUCUAAAUGUAGCAAAAUAUGUUAAAUAUUGUUUCUCUCCGCAGUGUAUAAUCAUUGUGAGUAUAUUAAUGUUCAAUGAUGUACAUGGGCCGAUGGCCUAAAAACGAAUAAACGAAUAAUAUUA